UCUUAUUAUAAGAGUCAAUUUAAUCCAGUUUAUGAAAAUUUGUUCUUCUUUUAGUAUUUUCAUUCAUUUUCUAGAAUAAGUUGAAUUUGUUAAAAUGGAACUAAUUGAUUUACCCUACGAUUGUUUAUCGUGUAUAUUUGAUUGUUUUUCGAAUCUCAAACAGCUUUUGGAUCUGUCAACAGUUUGUAAACAAUGGAACAUUUUGGUGAAACGGCGACUGAAAAAAAUUCGACAUUUACAUGUCGAGAGAGAACAUUAUUUAUCAUAUGUCCCUUUUUCAUCGGACAAUCACAUCUACACGGAUGAUGUUGAAUUAAUGGAGAGAGUUAAUGUCUCUCAGUUUUUACCGAACCUCAAGUUUUUAUCCUUGAAUCCUAAUCUGUAUGGCGAAUGUACUGGUAAAAUGGUGGUCAAUAUUUUGUCAACAACAGCGAACCCGCUAGUUGGACUUAUGUGUGAAACUCAAUGUUGUUCCAGCGAUGAAAUACACUCUAAAUGUCAAGUCAAUGUCGACGAGAUCGUUAAACACUGUGGCAACCUCAAGUAUAUGGAAAUAUUGGAUGAACCUUUUCUUGAAAGUUAUUUCUUUAAAUAUAAAUUCGGGCAAAGUUUGAAAUACUUUGAAGGUUAUAUCACAGAGUACGACAUUAUUGAAAAAGAUGAAGAUUAUGAUUACAACUUUGAAGAAAUAAAUUUACUAUGUCGCUACUUGGAGCAAAUGCCGAAUCUUGAAGUUCUGAGUCUGAAUGAACCAAUAAUUGAACCUCGUCUUUGGCCUUUACCAAAGAUGAAACUAAAAGAGAUUCGAUUUCUAGACAUAAGAUCAAGUUCGUCAGUCUUCCAGUUCCUGCCUUUUUUUCCUCACUUACGAACUAUCCGUUUGUAUAUUCGUGAAGUCAAGGGUAAAGAUGAAGGAUUUCCUGAUUCGCAUACUCAUCAGAAUGUCCAAGAUGUAGUUCUAAAAAUACACAAAUAUCAAGGCUCACCCGUCGAAUCAUUAAAUCUAAUUAAAAGUAUUAUGGUCAAGUUCCCUAAUUGUAAAAACCUUUCCAUUGAUAUCCUACGAAGGGUUUUCACGAUAACUAAUGGAGAUCUUAUCGAGAUAAUCAAAGUUCUGCCAAAUCUAACUCUAUUUGUCUUGACUGUAGAGAAUUGGGAAGAUGCAAAUAUCAUUGAGACACUCGAUAAAUUCUGUAAAUCAGCAGGUCGAAGAAUAAAUUUCAUCUUGCGUAGCGAUGGCCAAACAAUCGGCGCUCGCUCAUAUACACGAUACGUAUUGAACGAAGAUGAUGCGAGUCCUUUAAAGAUCGAUUAUGAAUUCUUACAAAAGUGCCACGUUUAUUAAAAUACGUAUUAAUUAAGCUCGAAUUAUUAAUCACUUCGCCUUUUUUAUGUAAUAUAUCAAAAGAUACUGUUAGUGUUUUCUAUUCAUUGUCAAAAUAAAGUUGUUUUUAUGAGAAGACAAUUUUUAAUUGUGAAUCUU